UUUGUCGAGGUUUGGCCUUUUCUCUUUCGAUACAGGUUGCUGCGUUGUUCCUGUAACCUCUGUACUCCUAUUUGUGACCUUCUUCACGACCUUCCUCCUUCCUUGUUCGUUGAGAGGCCGCAGCUGCCUCCUUCCAGUGAACGUAUCGUGUACAAGAAGAUCCGACGGCAGGUGCUUCCAAGUUAUCAUGGAUAACAUCAACGCGAAAUCCGGGUUUCUACCUGGUGUCUUUGGCAAAGGCAGAAUAAGGAAUCAUUUCAAUUCAACCGGAGCAACACACGCAGGCGAAGACGAGAAGAUGCAGGGCCCCAAACCACUUUCCUUCUUCAUGAGGAUCCCAAAUAAGCCUCGGAACCACUUCAUUGCUAUGGCCGGCGAGUUCGUGGGCACGUUUCUCUUCUUGUUCUUCGCAUUCGCCGGCACUCAGGUCGCCAACACCCCUCAAACUUCGACUGGUAGCACCAGUACGAACCUUCCACAAGGCCCUGUUCCUGCCCAGCUUCUUUACAUCAGCCUGUGCUUUGGCUUUUCCCUUGCUGUCAAUGCUUGGAUCUUCUUCAGAAUCUCGGGCGGUCUUUUCAAUCCAGCCGUGACUCUUGGUCUUUGCUUGAUUGGCGCCGUGCCCUUCAUUCGUGGUGGGCUGGUUUUCAUCGCUCAAAUGUUAGGAGCUAUGGCAGCGGCUGGUGUCGUCAGUUGUCUCUUCCCCGGUCCGCUUGCAGUCACAACGUCCCUGAGUGGGGGUACCAGCGUGGUACAGGGGUUGUUCAUUGAAAUGUUCCUCACUGCCCAGCUUGUCUUUGCCAUUUUCAUGCUUGCUGCAGAGAAGCACAAGGGAACUUUCCUUGCACCAGUGGGUAUUGGGUUGUCUCUAUUCAUCGCCGAGCUGGCUGGUGUUUACUACACUGGCGGGUCGCUGAACCCAGCUCGUAGCUUUGGACCUUGCGUCGCCAGCCGCGAAUUCCCAAGUGAACACUGGAUCUACUGGGUAGGCCCUCUCCUUGGGGCGCUUAUUGCGUCGGGUUUCUUCUGGUUCAUCAAGAGUUGUGAAUAUCAAACCGCCAACCCUGGUCAAGACUUUGACGACCUCGAAGCGACUGCUUACAACCCAGAGCGCGACCUCACUCGUCCUGUCAUCAGCCCGACUGCUGCCAUCGAACCGAUGUCGUCCCAGGAUAGUGCACCAAAGAUUUCGAGGGAUGAAGAUAGAGCCGGAUCACUAAUCCCCCAACAUCGAGCCACUGCAUCCCAAGAUUCCAACGCGGGAUAUCAGGGCCCCAACCCAACAUAUCAGAGCACCAGCCCAACGUACCAGAGCACAAACCCAACGUACCAAGGCACCAACGCCCCUGGAGCCAACGGCACGGCUGCAGUCCAUCACAGAGCAACUGUUGAUCCAGCCUCAUCGGGCUGAGUUGUCUCGCACUGUGAGACCAUUGCGUCUUUUGUGGUCAAUACCGACGGCUACCAACAUUGUUGUCCAUGGUUCUUCCGAGCUUGAUUGUUCACCUGUACAAGAAUUUGUUUUAUAGGAUAC